AUGCCUGCACGUAAUUAUCCAGACUUACAAGACCUAGCAACAACCAUAUUCACGUAUGAGAAUUCCAAUGUUGCUGCGACACAAUUAAUCAAAACAAUCGCCAAAGAAUCAGGAUGCACAGAAUGCACAUCCGCAACUUCAUCCACAUAUUUUGCCAACGGUGGCGAAAACAUAACGCUUGCCAAAAUCCUCACUUUACUUGCAUUGUCAAUGUUGCGACAUAUUUCUGUAGUUAGAAUUUCGACAUCCCUCAACGAGCCACCACCUGAAGGUUAUGAACUAUGCAAAUGUACAAAUUGCGAAGAGAAAACAUGGGAAGAUCAUGUUUUCAAGGAUGACCUUGACGAUGAAGUUUCAGUGUAUGGUAACCUACAUUUGGAACGUGUACACUCGUAUACGAACAACAGGAAUGCAUUUAUGCAUAUCAGAAUUUCGUCCAGAGUAUUUGAAGAUCUCAACGAUAAUGAUAGUUAUGACGAUGACGACGACGACGAUUUUCCUGGACAAGCAUCUUCCUACUUUUCGGAAUCACCGUUUCCUUGUGGUGAUCCAUUUGAUUCAUACGAUUGGGAAUGCUGA